GACAAAUGUGAUGAUGGAGUCUGCACGAAAUUUUUCUGAGCAACAUUCGGAACGAUUACUCCCCAAUACGAUCGCAAUAUUAAUUGCUGCUGCCUUUGGAAUAUUCGGAAACUUUCUUGUUAUUUUGGUGUACUCUAGAUACGUACAGGAUAAAACGGCUUCUCGGUUUUUCAUUCCAAUUCUGGCAUUUGUGGAUCUUGCAGGAUGUAUUUCAAAUGUGAUCCAAUAUCACAUUGACAACACCAUGCGUUAUCCUAGUGAGAUUUUAUGUAAAAUUUUUAGUUUUUUAAUCAUUCUGACAGGAGGGAUGUCAGCGCACUUAAUUUUUGCGAUAGCAUUACAGAGAUAUUUAAUCAUCUGUCGUCCGUUUGGUCCGCAAAUGACAACAAAAUCAUGCAAAAUUGCUACCAUGAUUAUAUGUCUAAUAUCGGUUGGGUAUUCCGCUCCAAUUGUGAAAUUCAGCGGUAUACAUGAACCCUCUUCGGUAACAAUGUGUCAUUUCGAUGAUGGAACCAACGGAAACAGUGUAAUGAUCCCGUAUUUUGGAACUUUUCUUAUUCUUUCUUUUAUAAAUAUCAUCGUUACUUCCGCUCUGUACAUUCCUGUAAUCAAGACUAUCUAUAAAACACUGUCACCCCCCAAACGAAAUCGAAUCAAUACUAUCCCAGACGACAACACUAUUAUCUCAUCUAAAGAAACACAGGAUCUUAGUUCUGAAAAUACUGGUAUUACAAUGGCGGAUUUACCACAAAAUAUUCUGCGAACUCAUAAUACUGAACCCUCAAACACCUUAACGACCGACGGAAACCGGGAACAAAGAGCGCGGAGGAAUAUCAGUGUCAUGUUUCUCGUCAUCAUUACUGUCUACGUAGUUUCGUAUCUGACGUCACUAUUUACGCAAGUCUACACUUUUGUAGACCCCGAAAUGGACCUGAGAGGGUUCAAGUUAAAUGUGUACGAUUUCUGUCUGCGUUUUAACCUUCUGAAUCACAUUGCUAAUCCAUAUAUUUACUGGAUUUUUGACAACAAAUUCAGAAAUGAACUUCGGUUGUUGUGCUGCGAGAAAUUUUUCAGAAGAUAUUCGUUUUCAUUGUAAAUUUUAUGUCCCAGUCUAUACAUAUGAGGAGUUGAUAAUUUCAAGAUUAGUUUUUCCGUAUACAUCUAAUACUACUUUUAAGAAUUAAAUUCAUUCAUGAUCAUUUUGUACUACAUGUACACCUUCUAUAUCCUAU